CUAACGUCCCCCCUCCCGCCUGUCUCCGCUCCGUAAACCCUCCGCAGCCGUUUGGACCGCAGACAUUAGCCUCUCCCGGGCUAAUUCCUCCCGGACGGUAAAGAGAAAGCAGCCGGGGAAGGAGCUACAUGGAGGCUAACUAACUGAGCUCGGAUCCGUCGGUGCUCGGCAGACGAUCACACACACACACGGGGACUGCGGUACAUCGGUACCGAAAUGCCAGCCGGAGUUUGCGGCUGCUGUGGGCCGCUGAGGCCGAGGUACAAACGCCUGGUGGACAACAUCUUCCCUGAGGACCCCAAAGAUGGCCUCAGUAAGUCGGACAUGGAGAAGCUCACCUUCUACGCCGUGUCGGCUCCAGAGAAACUGGACAGGAUUGGAGCUUACCUGGCCGAGAAGCUGAGCAGAGAUGUGGUGCGACACCGCUACGGGAAUGUGGUGAUAGCCAUGGAGGCUCUGGACCAGCUGCUGAUGGCGUGUCACUCUCAGAGCAUCAAACCCUUCGUGGAGAGUUUCCUGCACAUGGUGGCCAAACUGCUGGAGUCUAGAGAGCCAGACCUGCAGGUCCUGGGAACCAACUCGUUUGUGAAGUUUGCCAACAUCGAGGAGGACACACCUUCCUACCAUCGCCGCUACGAUUUCUUUGUCUCACAGUUCAGCGCCAUGUGCCACUCUACUCACGAAGACCAAGAGACCAGAACCAGGAUCCGUGUGGCCGGGAUCAAAGGUCUGCAGGGCGUGGUGAGGAAGACGGUGAACGACGAGCUGCAGGCCAUCAUCUGGGAGCCGCAGCACAUGGACAAACUCAUCCCAUCCAUGCUGUUCAACAUGCAGGACAGCGACGACCUGGACAGGGCGGGGCACCCCAACACGCCAUCGGGGGCGGGUCAGGAUGGCGAGGAGAACCCGUCAGCGCUGGCUGAGAACUGUUUCAGAGAGCUCCUGGGCCGAGCGGCCUACGGCAACAUGAACAACGCUGUGCGACCUGUGCUGGUUCACCUGGAUAACCAUCACCUGUGGGACCCCAACGAGUUUGCAGUUUCCUGCUUCAGAAUCAUCAUGUACUCCAUCCAGGCUCAGCACUCGCACCACGUGAUCCAGCAGGUUCUGAACCACCUCGACACUAACAACAAGAACACGCCGCGGGUCAGAGCCGGCAUCGUCCAGGUGCUCCUGGAGACGGUGGCCAUCGCCGCCAAAGGAUCUGUGGGAAUGAUCCAAGGCUCCAAAAGAAGUGACGUGUUCACCUUUGAAAGCGAAUGCACGAUUCCUCCUAACCUGUGGCUCGGGCCCACCGUGCUGGAGGUGUUCAACACUCUGCUCAAACACCUGAGGAUGAGCGUGGACUUUGAGCUGGGCGACAGCUCGAGGAGGAACUCCGCCUCCAGCGUUUCGUCCGUCCGCGGUAGAGAGAGCGAGGAGCGGAUCGUCCAGAACGCCAUCAUCCAGACCAUCGGCUUCUUCGGUGGAAAUCUGCCAGACUACCAGCGAGCUGAAGUCAUGAUGUUCAUCAUGGGCAAAGUGCCAGUGUACGGGACGCCCUGCCACGCCUUGGACACAGUCAAGAUUGGGCAUCAGGGCACCAAGCGGAUCCAGACCAUGCUGCUCAGCUCCCUCAUCAUGGUCACGUCUGGCUUCAAGUCUAAGUCCAUGGCGGCGGCUCUGCCUCCUCCCUUCCUGGACCCGCUCUUCUCCAUCUCUCUGAUGGAGGACAGCGAGCUGAGGCAGCUGGUAUUCGAGAUCCUGCACAACAUCCUCGACCGCCACGACAACCGCGCCAAGCUGCGCGGCAUCAGAAUCAUUCCUAAUGUCUCCGCACUGAAGAUUAAGAGAGAGAAGAUUUCCAAGCAAGACGUCGCAUUCAUGAAGAAGCACGGCCAGCAGCUCUACCGUCACAUCUAUCUGGGCUGCAAAGAGGAAGAUAACGUCCACAAAAACUUUGAGCUGCUCUUCACCACCCUCGCCAUUCUGACCAUCGAGCUGGCCAAUGAGGAAGUGGUCAUCGACCUCAUUCGACUCGCCAUCGCGCUGCAGGAAAUGGCUCUUACCAACGAAGAGAACCUGCCCAUGUUUAUCCGCUGCGGCAUCAUGGCGUUGGUGGCCGCGUACCUCAACUUCCUGAGUCAGAUGAUUGCCAACCCGCCCUUCUGCCAGCACGUCAGCAAGGUUAUUGAGUUGAGGAACAUGGAUGCUCCUUACCUCCUCCCAGAGCACAUCUUCAGAGACAAGUGUCCGCUUCCUGAAUCUUUGGACAAAGAGGACAGCCAGCUGUACUUCCAGACGGCCGACAUGGCCGAGUGUUUGGCCGGGCCGGGGUACAACGCCGAGCGUCUCUCCAUCCCCUACGUUCCUCAGGUCACAGUUCUUUACACAGUAGGAAAAAUCAUCCACAGGUGCAAGCAGACGUCCAGAGACCGUCUGACCAGGAGGAAGAGUUUCGUGGACACAGUCUCCCUCCAAGUGGACAUCAUUUCCAACAGCCUUCCAGAAAAGUCCCAGCUGGCUGAGGAGAUCACGUUUGAGACCCUGAAGAAGGCCAUCGACACCACCGGUUUGGAGGAGCAGGAGAGGGAGAAGAGGCGCCAGGUGAUGGAGAAGUUCCAGAAAGCGCCGUUCGAGGAGAUCGCCGCCCACUGCGAAUCCAAGGCAAACAUGCUGCACGACCGGCUCGCACAAAUCUUUGAGCUAACAAUCAGGCCUCCUCCCAGCCCAUCCGGAGUGGUUUCCAUCUCAGCGGGACACACCCAGCAUCAGUCCGUCCCCGUCUACGAGAUGAAGUUUCCAGACCUGUGUGUCUACUGAACGCACACAUCCACAAACCAGCUCACACGCAACAUUGAAAAUGCACAGAAAGAACAACACACUCACAUCUGCACUCCAGUCUCCUCUGUUCAGGUGGCGGGGAUGCCGUCAGGGACGAAGUUUGAAUCCUGUUUCCCGUCUUGACUCAAACCUGCGUUAAUCCACGCCGCUCUGAUUGGCUACACUUUGUUUCCUGACUCGCGUCCCUGAAGCCAAACUGAACUUUUGAGUCACCAAGAACAAACACCAACAAAAAAACCCAUAAACUGCUUCCACUCUGAGGUUUUAGUGUAUUUCUGCUGAAUCAGACAUUGCUUCUCUGUUCCAGUCCAGCCAAAGCUUCACUCCUUGUACAUACGCUCUCUUAAAAAAGCAGCGUGAGGCUCACAAACGCAGCUCCUGCCUCCUUACAACUAUCUGUUUCCUGUCAGUAGCCGUCGGUGCCGUCACUGAUUAGUAGGAAUGUGCAAUAUACAUAUAUAUAUAUAUAUAUAUUAGCCGUCAGCUAUGAAAACUGAAAUAACAUAAGUGGUGGUAGAAAGCAGUUUAGUUUCAGGCUCACUGCUCCUCAGCUUUUAGCUCUAAUCUUCAGUCUUUGCUGUUUAAGAUAAAACAGUGUAACAAAUGAAUUCAACAACCAGCUGAGUUCUUAUAAAUAAAUUCAAUGACAGCAAUACUCGAACUGCUUGGCAGCGACACUCAAAAGCUGAAGAGUCGACGUUUGGACGAGUAGAAAUGGGCUCGCUCGUGUUUGGUGAUGACGUGAUUGUUUCUGAGAGGCGUGAGUUUGUAAGAGGAAGGUCACUGAAGAAGUACAGAGUGUUCAUCUCCAUCAGCUCCCACCUGAGACUGUAUAUAGAAGAUGGACAUAGUCAGUGUGGUGUCAAUUUAGUGGGGAGCUUUGACACUGGAUUACCUAAGACUGUAUACUCCACAUUCUACUACCACUAGUACCACUAGUACUACUAGUACAGUAGCCACAGGUGGACAAAAUCAACAGAGACUGAAUAAAAAAGAUGGAUAGAGCCACCGAGACGUCAGCGUCUGGUUUUGAGCUCCACAUUUGGAGCCUCAGUGUUGAUGUUUUGGAUGAUGUCAUAAUGUAGUCACAUGAUCAGAGCAACCACGUCUCCUGUAUCCAGAUGAAUUAUUAAAAAAACAAAGUGUUUUUUAAUCUAAUCAGGCUGUAGUCAUGUUUAUUUCUGCUGAAAGCUUCAACACGAGAGUCUGAGGACUGUCUCACUGCUGGAGUCGCCCUCAGGUGGCCAUGAAAGGAACUGCAGUCUUUGGUGCUUCCAUAUUGGCAGCUUAAUGUUACUGUAAUGAGGACGUGAUUUAUCAAAUGAAACUACAAUCUGAGCUCAGUGUUUACUGACGUCUAAACGCAAGAAGGCCGUUGGGUCUUAUUGUCAAAGAUUUCAAACCUUUCAGAUACGGAAGCUACAUCCAUCUUUAAUAUACAGUCUGUGGCUUUGACGAUGGUCCUUAGAGAAGUUGUUGUAAAGUUUGUGUAAAGUUCUUGUGGUGGGGCUGAUGAUUUUAGAAAGGACUCUAAACUUCCUCUAUUAAAGAUUUGGGGUUAAUAUUCUUAGAGAUUGCAGUAAAAAUAUCACAAAAAAAUACAAAUGUAGCAUCUUUUAAAGAGUUGAAGUUUAUUCCUCAAGUAUGAAACAGUGCAGUUAUGAUCACAGUUACAGGCCUGUGUGUAAGUAAAAUUAAAGCUACGCGCUCUUUGUUUGUAAUAUUUCCUGAUAUGAGGUGGAGCUGCAUGCAGCGUGUUGGCUGCAGAUGAAUCUGAUCCAGCUCCUUGACUUUGCGCUGUAGUCCCUGCGCACGCCUGCUUUCCAUGAACGAAUCAGCCGCCUCACAGCUUUGAUGGCAGCCUUAAAAAAAACAAAACAAAGCUGUUUCAUUGCCAAACACAGAAGUUUGAUUUUAAAACGUCUAAAAAGGCCGUUGUUCGUAUCCUGUGAGGAGCCAUAUGGUGGAGUUUUUCAUUCCAAAACGAAGCGACCGGCAGCAUCAAAGUUAACCUCCCCGCUGAACGCAUUAAUAUUAAUAUCCAUCCUCAGCCCCAGCGAUACAAAGCACUGACAUUUUGGAGGAUUUAAUCAUCCUUGCAUUUUCAACAGUUAUCACAGGGCCGUGAUUUAUUUCCAAAACAGGGUACAGGAGACGCUCUGGGAACGGGAGGAUUCGUAUGUGGUGCAGCUGCAGCUGUGAUCUGUACAGCAGAUGGUUAUCAGUGUUUUCCUCUGAUCUGAGCUCAGCGUGGGCAGAAAAUCCCUCCAGUUGGAGGAAGAUACCUGCUGCCUCUGUUUGGUGCGAGCAGCUGUUGGAGGCUGAAGGUCGGUGCUUCCUUUCACUCAGAGCUGAUCGUGUGUUCGGCUCGUCAGCGAAGGAGAAAUGAAUUUCUCGAGCGCUGGUUGUGUUUCUGAAUGAGAGAUGCUGGCUAAGCUGAAAGUCUGUGUUUGACAUCACCAACACGAGCCUCACAAAUCUGAGAAACUUUGUUAGUAAAUGUGUGUUUUUCAGCAUCGGGUCGAAGGCCAAGCAGUUUAUUUGUGAAUGUUUGAUCUGGAUACGUGACAAGUGCAGGUUUGGUGCGACUGUCCUGAUCACAUCGCAGCGUCACAUCUGUACAGUUGAGCCCGUGCAGCUGUUUGGACGUGGAUGCUUUAAUGUGCAAGGCCAGGGUCACGAAAGCUGCAGGACAUGAAGCAGAAGAAAUUCAAAGAGAUGAAACGUUGGCUGCUUACGGAGAGUCGACAUAAAUACUGAUGCCAAACUUUUAGGGAUUCUUCUUUGCUUAUAUUGUAAUUUUUUUGUAUUGAAUAUUGCAGAACGUUGCGUUGUGAUCCUGUCGUUAUGGUGAAUUACUCUAUACUCCACUUCCCUAGUUGGAGCCAGCAAAGCUACAACAAAAACAAGAAUUUAAGAUUUCAAUUGAUUUCACAUCAGUUCUUCUUCUGCUGUUGGAAUUUUAAAGCUUCUCAGGUGUGCUCGGGUACCUUCUUGUUUUUUUAAACAUGUUCAGUGACCCAGGUCUGGGGUAGUCUCCACUUUAACACUCGAGUGUGCCAAACAGACAAAUUUCAAAACUUACAGCAACUUAUUAUAGAAUUUCGACUGCCAGUGGAAGUGCAGAAAAGAAGCUGAUUGGCACAUGAUGUCAAACAAUGUUACCUAGGUGGUUGCCUAGGGAACCAGAUAGCCACACGUAACCAGCUGUCACCGUGGGCAACAAAGCGAUGCACUGAUGGUUGGAUUGUGUGGCUUUUAAAAGUUCACGACCAGCAUCAAGGUGAUAAAACGUGACCCUUACCUUGCACAUCAAAGCAGUCCCACUUUACUUUCCUUUACCUUCACGGUUGCUGACCGUUCAUCUUCUCCGAUUGCCGCUUAUGUAUCGAUAACCAGCAAUAGGGUGGGUUUGACCUCUUAACAUCCAUCGGGCACCAGCGACCCGGUCAGGGUUUUGUUGUAGCCAAAUGCCAAAAAGGCACAUUUUUGAGAAAUUGAAAGGUCUUAAGGUCUUUAACCAAACCCUAACCGGAUAUAAUCCAGUGGCUGUUUGGAGGUUAAAUCUUCUGUUCUAUAAGUAUUACAUGUCUAAUCAUUGUACUGUGUGAAAAAUAGGUUACAGAGGACUUUUCACUGGAAACGAUGAGCAGAGCAGCCUGAACAAGAGAAAAGUCUCUUGCUGUUUUUUUUCUGUGCAAAUCUACGCAACAUAAUGUCUUAGCUUUAAACUCUCGUGCUUUAACAUCGUAGAAUCAUAGCUUUUAAAAAACAUGCAUUAUAUGAACUAACUGCAUUGCUCUUUAACUUCAGUCAUCGUCGUUGACCCCCGAGGGACGGGACUGGGAUCAUAUGCUGAAACAAAGUCUAAACGAGCUCUUUAACGGCCGGAUCCUGACGUCGGGCUUUAGAGAAAAGUCGGGUUUAGAUGUGGCUGGAAUACAUGAUAUCUUCCUCUCAUGAAUGUGUCGUCGCAGCAGUAUAUAUAUACAUAUAUAUCAUAUAUUUUUGUACAUUUUAUGCAUCACGUAUCAUUACAUUGUUGCCUAGCAGAGAUUUUAGAGGUUGGGAGAUUUCUUCUAAGACGAGGACAAAAUACUGAAUUCUUUAUACUCGUGUAGUUUUUUGUUGUUUACCUCGAUGGUUCAGGUUUCAGCGGGAUGUUGCAGUGUGGGGGAGAUGGUCUCGUUUUUAUUUUUUCAACUGUAGAUUCUAUUAUAUCAUUUCAAAAAUAAUGAAAAAUGAAUGAAUAUUAUAUGUAGAGCCAGAUGUUGGUUAUUUUUGGAUAAAGGAGUAAAUCAGUGCAAUCUGACAAUGUUAAGAUCCAGAUUUAUUUUUCUCUAAGUGGCGGCUCAGGCUCAACCUUCAGACCUGAAACUCUCAGACGGUCCGGUUGAAGAAUCGGCUCCAGAUUCACUAAAAUCAUUUAAAAUUGGGUCCACAAUAGUCGGAAAACUGUGUAUUCCCAUAUGUGACAACGCUUCCAGGUUCCUCCUACGUUUGAAGACCAUCUCUUGGUGGUCUUCUCCUGGAAAAUUCCUGUAAUCUGCAUAAGCCUCAAACAUUGGUUUUUCUGUUAAUCAAGAUGCCCGGUUGUCCCAUCUGUGGAAGCAUUUAACCCAAUUCCACCUUCAGUUUGCCAGAGGUUGGAUGAAUGUCCUACAAGAAUUAUACUGGAAAAAAAAGUCCUCUGCUUUUCCCAGAUUUAGUGAGAAGCAGCACGAAAAGAUGGGUGGGGGUUGCAAAGCGGCUUGCAGAUGGUUCAGUGGCUUAAAUAACACGACCUCAUUUAAAAUGUCUUUAUCUAAUGCGUCAGCUGAUCCAUCAGGAUGGUGGAGGAGCUCGGCGUCGUGUCUGAAUUAAUGCUAAACUUAUUGAAAAGAAAUAACGCCUACAAGGGAUCGUAGCCAAGCGCUCGACAUUAAUUCCGACUUUUAAUUUUGAUUCAACAGCACCAGCAUUUCCACAGAUUACUUUAAAACUCGUAUCUCAGUCAAAUCCGAUGUUCACUGGAAUUAAACGCUCACGGAUCUGAUUGGAAGCUUGUUUUUUCUUAUACACGUUCAUCGGUAGCGGUAUCAGUAAAGCCGUCUAAACCUCCAUAAAGACGUUACAGGAUAUAACUAAACGAUCAUAUUUGUGGGUACCGGAGGAGCUCACCUUCAGACGGGUUUUGUGAAUCUGGAUCCGAGUCUGUGUUUCUGAGCCGAAAAGUUUAACACCGGCUGAUGUGAAGUCUGUAAAUGAUGUCGGAGCAGUCGGUCUGCGAACGAGCCGCUCUGCUACUUUUGAUAAAUGGUUCAACCGAUUCAGCUCAAGCAAUCAUUCAAAUAGUACCAGCUGAUGUAUUAAUGAACUUUAAAGUAAAAAUGCUGAACAGUUAAUAACCGUUACGGUAAAAUAUGAUGUUGUGUUUGCACUUUGAUCACUGUGUACCUGGUACUAUAGCAGAAAUAAAUCAGCACCGAUGUGUGUUUGGUACAAACAGAUCUUAGAAGUAUUUUUGAUGAAAUGAUCUGUGUGGAGCUGUGAAAAGUUUCCCUCCUGAUUGGUGAUCUGAGUCCUAAAACUAAGACAAAAGAAGAGUCAGAGCAGAAUAUUCACGUGACGAACUCUUCACCUUUCAAGAUGGAUUUUUUCCAGCUGUAAAAUGUCAAGAACAAAAAAAAAAAAAGCUUCCGAUGAAGAUGAUGUUCUUUUUUAUGUUUCUGAUGUAUUUUUGUGCCAGUUUUAGAGAUUAAAGGCGUCGCGUCCGUGUUCACAGUGACAAACUUGCUAUAGCUCGGCUUUGUUUCAAUCACACUGAUGGUUUUAACCACUAGAUGGCGCUGAGGCUCCUGCUGCUGCUUCACGCUUUCACCUUCAUUGUUCUUUUGUCGCAUUUCUUUUAACUUUUCAUCUCAAUGAGAAAACUACAGCGACGUGACCUCAGCCGCUUCUGGAGCCUCAAGUGGACAUAAGAGGAACUGCACUUUUCCCAAACCUGGAUUUGCUGUUUGCACAAAGAUCCAGUGAGUCAGGAAGUAUCUGAGUUUAGAUUAUCUUGUCACGUUUGAUUAAUUUGGUCUUAAAAAUUCAAAGGGACUUCCUGAAACAUCCGAAUCUCAGUUCACGAUCACGUGGAACAGAGAAAAGCAGGAAACGUAAGAAGCUGGAACCAGUUUCAUGUUUUAUUUUCCAUUUUGAUUCAUCAACUGAACAAAAUCAUAAAGCGUUCAGUGCAGAUUAUUUCUGUGAAGCUCGGCAGCAGCAGAGCCUCAGCGCUUCAUUACAAAGCCUCUAUUGAAAUAGAAAAAUGUGCAUUGAGAUUAAAGUGUUUCUAUCGAAGCUGUUGAGUC